AUGAAAUUGGGAAAACGUUUAUUUAAUAGAAAAAAGAGAAAAUUUAUCUUAUUUGUAAUCUUAGCAAUAUUCGGAUUGUCUUUAUUAAAAUCAAAAUUCGCGCCAGAAUUUUCUUUGAAGAAACCAAACAUAUCGUGUCAUUAUGAAAAAACAGUAUCAUAUUUAAGAAUUUUGCAAAAUAAUUCAACUUUGCCAUCUAAAUCCAUAUUCUUCCACGACACAUCCUGCAGUGGAAAUCUUACUGCAAGGCAAUCAUGUGCUAUCGAGUCCGCUACAAGAGCACACCCCGAUUGGCAGAUAAACGUUAUAUAUUCUAGCCCAAUAUCUUAUAAUAUAAAAGGAGUUUCGCAAUUGAAAAGAUUCAAAAAUGUGAAAUUUUGGAGAUUACAUAUUGAUGAUUUUUCCAUAGGGACUCCUCUUGAAAAUUUGGUUAAGAGCGAUCUGCUAAAGAAUUGUCGAUAUGGCGUUGAAAGGACUUUGGAUGUGCUAAAAUAUUUGACGCUUUACAAAUGGGGAGGCAUAUUUAUAGAUUUAGAUAUGAUAGUUGGUAGGCCUUUGGGGUCAUUGGCAAGAAAUUGGGCAGCACGAGAAGACAAUGAAGUAAUUGCAGAAGCAAUAUUAGCAUUUUCAAGAGACAGUGUUGGGAGAAUUAUAUCAGAAAAUGCUGUCAGACAUAUACAGUCAAAUUACAAAAACAGCGAUUGGUGUAGUAGUCCAAACACUAUGACCAAAGUUCUUCAAAAUUCAUGUUCAACAUCAGAAGCUACUUACAUGUCUUCCGCAACAUGUAACGGUUUCGAAGUGUAUGGACAGCAAUUUUUCUACCCACUUCCUAAGGAAAAAGCUCACGAAUAUUUCAUGCGAAGAGAGUUGGGCAUUCAUAAUGCAUACACAUAUUAUCUCUGGGGACAAGAUACAAAAAAGUAUAAGUUGGUUAGAGAUUCUCCCUAUUCAAAGUUGGCAAGACAUUAUUGUCCGAUGACCUAUCAAUUGUUUGAACAUUAUUUAGGUUUAUAC